CACACGGUCACAUGUUAGCAGUGUGUUAGCUCAGUCUGUCAACAGAGGAGCAGGAAAAGUGUCAAUAAACGCCACUAAAGAUGGUCCAGUUGAGCAGAAUCUGCCUCCGGAAGUUUGGGAACUUUGUGGACAACCUCCGGCUGUACGUGCGUGGGGGAAGCGGUGGCAUGGGUUUACCCCGUCUUGGAGGAAAGGGAGGGAACGGAGGAGAUGUUUGGGUGGUGGGAUCAAAGAAUAUGACCUUAAAGAAGAUCAAGGAAAAAUAUCCUCAGAAACGUUUUCUUGGUGGACCUGGAGAGAACAGCAGUGUGCGAGCACUUAAAGGAGAGAGGGGACAGGACAAGGAGAUCUGUGCUCCUGUUGGUAUCACCGUCACCACUGAUGGCGGCAGAAUACUUGGUGAACUGAACACAGAAGGUGAUCGUGUGAAGGUGGCGAAAGGAGGAGCUGGAGGUUCCUACCACUCUCGGUUUGAGCCUCAGAAGGGCCAGGCCAAACACAUUCGACUUGACCUCAAACUUAUCGCAGACGUGGGACUCGUUGGAUUCCCAAAUGCAGGAAAAUCGUCUCUCCUGACAGCCAUGUCCAACGCCACACCUCAGAUUGCCAGCUACGCAUUUACAACUGUGAAGCCGGAGAUUGGCAAACUGAUGUAUGACGAUUACAAACAGAUCUCUGUUGCAGACCUCCCAGGGCUGAUUGAGGGAGCUCAUAUAAAUAAAGGCAUGGGCCAUAAGUUCCUAAAACACGUGGAGAGGACCAAACAGCUGCUGUUUGUUGUGGAUGUUAAUGGUUUCCAGCUGGCUAGUACGACGCCAUUUAGGUCGGCCUUUGAAGCUGUGCAGCUCCUCACCAAGGAGCUGGAGUUGUAUAAAGCAGAGCUUGUGUUGAAGCCUGCUCUGCUGGUGGUGAAUAAGAUGGACCUGCCGGACGCUGACGACAAACUAGAGGAGCUGAAGGAGCAGCUACAAAACCCAGAUGAGUUUUCUGAUCUGUUGCCUGCCGACAUGAUACCGAAGACGUACAUUACCUUCACACACGUGGUUCCUGUCUCUGCCACUACUGGGUUUGGUGUUGACCUUUUAAGGAGCUGCAUCCGAGAGUCGCUCGAUGAAGAUGCCGCCAUGGCAACUAAAGCCAUCCAUCAAGAAAGACUGCAAGAGCUCAGGUUAAGCCUCACAUGAGCAUUUGUGGGAAAACAUGGACAACGCCUUGCAGAUUUCCCUCUGGUCCUCAGUGAAUACAGUAGCUGCCAGGAGCUGGUAGAGGUUAUGUCGUGCGUGGUAAAUAUCAUCCAGCGCCUGCGAUGAAAGGAACAGUGCGAAGUCAGACUUUUUUGACCUUCACAGUGAAAACACCGGGUCCUGCAGCACUGCACUGUCCUUUAUGCAGAGAUUGUAAAAAGACUGAUGUAAUGUAUUUAUAUACCUUUACUGAAAAGGUUGUGGUCAAGCUAAUGUAACUGCAGCACCGUCUUUAGCACCAGAUAAACUGAAUGUCACAGAACAU